GUUCGCAACAUGUGAUGUUUCGUAAAAAGUGUUAAUUUUUUACGAAAAGCAAAUUAAUUUCGGAUCAAUUUGUGUUUAAUAGUGUAUUUAAAUACUGCAGUGAGUGUUUCGUGCUGUGUGAAUUGUUUUACGGUGUGGAUAUCCAUUGAAAAAUGCAUGGAUAAGGCCGUCUCUUGAGGUUGUAAAGAUAUGGAGUCACACGUCCUGAACACAUACCACCAGGCUCGGUACCGCUCCAUAGGUCACAAUAUACUCCGCAGCGAGUCUGAAGCCCGGACUAGCACGGAGUACGAACAGCCCAACCCCGAGUACCAGCAGUAUGGACAGUACUGGAAUGGCCAUGACUGGAGCCGGAAUCAGACAAUAAACAUGACGCGAAGUCAAAACACAAGUUCUGAUGAGGAGGAGAAUAUAGAAGUCCAAGAGUUAACAUAUGAGGAUCAACCUUCAGACAGUGUCCAAGUGUCAGAGACGGACAACCCUGAGGAACAAGUACUUGUGGAAGGAGCAGACUAUGAUGUCAUACAGGUAUUCGCUGUCGACCCUGACCUUGACAUGGAAGCUUCUACAGAUGACGAGGAAUGUGACGACUUUGCUAUCAAAAGCCCUGUCGCUCAAGAGUCACUCGAGCCAGAAUAUCCACAAGAAGAAAGUCCACACAGAAGGUCGCUCAGCGACAGCCAAGGAAUAGAUGGAUUAAAUUUCAAUCUUGACACUCCAGUAGUUUCAAAUGUCGACGAAUAUUUCAUUAAAGAGGACAUAGAUAAGGAUAUUCUGGCGGUGAAAGACGAACCCGUCGUGAAAGACGUAGAUGAAUACUUUAUUAAAGAAGAAAAACACAAACCACCAAAUGUAGAUGACUUCUUUAUAAAAGAAAAAUUGCCAGACCAUCCGCAAUUUGAAGUUCCUAAGACGGUAAACGUAGAAGAGUUCUUUGUCCAGACGCCGAAUAUACCUCAAAUUGUAAUAGAACAAAACAUAAUAGAUCAAAAUGUAGGUCAAAAUGUCAUAGAUCAUAACAUUAUAGAUCAGAAUCCUAUAGAUCAAAACAUUGUACACCAGAAUGUCGUAGAUCAAAACAUUAUAGAUGAAAAUGGCGUAGAUGAAAAUGUUAUAGAUGAAAACGUAAUAGAGCAAAAUGUCAUAGACCAAAACAUAGAUCAGGAUGAAGUCCAUGAAGAGGAACCAAUUAACGAAUCCGAUUUGGAGGUUCUGCCGAACAUUGAGGAUUUGAAGAGGUUUCUUCUAGAGGAUAUGACUUAUACAAAGUUCAAAAGCGCACAACGAUCAUGUUCAUUACCACAGUCACCGAUGCACAACAUUUGUCUAGACAUAGACGAUGCCAAAACUUGUCUAAGCUUCGAGGAUUUGAACCUAGAUCUGUCUGACUUGACAUUCGAUAAUGAGAAAGAUAGGUCUGCCAACAGUUCCAAAAGCGACGACGUUCCACGCGCUCUGACAGACGAAGAUGUAAACAGCUUCUUAAUAACAAGCAAAUCUGAAACAAAGGAAAAAUCUGAGGUUAUAACUGAAGAUGACCUAAGCCAUCAAGAUAUGGAGAUUGAACAUCCAGUGGAAUCCAUUGUGAAUCCAGUUAUAAUUCCUCAGGUUAAGACACCCGUAAAGUUACCAGAAGUGAGAACGUCUACACCUAUAAAACCUACUCCACCAAAAUCGACCGUCCUUAACUUUUGCAUUGAAAAAACUACAGCUAAGAAAGAGAAAGGUGAUGUGAAAGCAGAGCCGGACGACUUUGUGGAUGUAGAAUCCUGUAACGACACUGUCAUACCGGUGUUGGAAGCGAACAACUUGAACUCGCUCUUGGAACAGUUCGAGGCGACAGAAAAACUGAACACAAAGCCGAAAAAAGUGAUCAAAAGUGAAGAACCAAAAGUGAAAAGUGUGAGUUUGACAAACGGUAUGCGCUUGCAGGACGCCGGCGUUCAACUGAACAAGACGAAAAUGCGACAGAUCCUGAUGCCGUCGACUGUUAACGCCACAGUCAGGAGAUCGCCCAGUCCAGUGCACUCGGACCACGACUACUGCUCGUCUAAAAAGCGGUUCAGUCUGCCCAACAUCAAGAGCGGACAGAGCCUCCUCAAGCCAGAGGUGCUCUCCAGUAACAGCCGCAUUCUCAGUUCGCGGCACCGCUCGUGCAAAAAUAAAAAAGUAGUGUACGCCCUCAGUAGUGACGACGAAAGUGAAAAAAACAAUAAAAACAAAAAACCAGGUGAUGAUAAUGACAUUAAAAUGAAAAAACCUAGUGUGAAACAAACUGUUAAAGUCAUAGCGCCACCGACACGUAAAAAACUCUCACCAGUGCACAGUGCGUCGAACGAUUUUAAAGAUAAAGAUAAAAGCAACAGUUCUGUGAUCGUCAAAGAUGCUUGUAAAGCAAGUGAUACUCCCUGUAGUCAAAAUUCUAACGGUAGCAUUAAGUUAACUAUUAAAAAUAAAUCUGAAGUUAUUCUCAACUGUGAUGUUAAAGACUCUCAGAAAGAUAAACCUAUUGAAAAGUGUAAGUCUAGUUUGAGUGAAAAAACUGAAACAAAAGCUAAAGUAGAUGCUCAGAACAAUAUAAAAAAUAAAAGUGUAAAAAAUAUUAAAGAAUUAGAUAGCAACAAAAAAAGUGUGAGUAGUAUAGAGAACUGUACCAAUGUAGUGAAAGAAGAAGCCCGUCCAAAAGCGGAACAUUUUUACACAGCACUUUUUAGUAACAAACAAGACGUCCAGAUUCCUCAGGUCUUACAGGUUAAACCCGAGAAACGAUCAUUUGAAGAAGAAAUUAGUAUAGUAACUAAAAUUCCGAACAAAAAUGACGUAGAACAACCACAGAAAAGGAAGAAAUUGAACUUACGAGAGUAUAAGAUGAGAAGGUGUGUCAGUUCAAACAACAGUUCCGCGCAAGUCAGCCCAGAAGCGAUAUUCCCGGACAUGCCUAACCCAUUUAACAACGAUAAGACACCUAAAUGUAUAGCUAACCAAAUACCACCCAAUGGCAUGACAAGUAAAGCUGAGCAAUCCAACGAAGCUCCUAAGAAAAUUUUCGAUCCAAUUAGAGAAGCUUCUAGGAAAAUCCUAAUGAAUACUAAAAAACAGAAAGCAGAGGCCAUGAGGAAGAGAGAUGAGGACAUAGUCAUGAGCAAGAUACCGAAAGUUGAGAAUUUAGAACUGCAGCCACUGAUUAGCGAUGCUGAGAUGUUGAAAAUCGUAGGAAUGGCACCAGUAGAAUCAAAGCCUGUCCCUAUGGAAAAGCCCCAAGUCCCUGCAGAAUUUGAAGAAAUUGUAAUGGUCAGCAUUGGAACUAACACAGAUGAAAACGUUUUCAAAGAACUAGAAAGCUCUGUGCAGAGAAGACAGUCUCAAUCACCGACAGACGCUAAAUCUCUCAUCAAUUUCAAGAUAAAGAAGUCUGACCACGUUCUGAAACAAAACGUGUUUGAUUCCUUUAAGAGAGAUAAAAAGAGUCCUGUUGAUGACAAGAAAGCAGAGACCAAAAUUGACAGAGCACGCUACAAGGACAUAACGGCUGCGUUGAAGAGCGUCGAGAAACAAGUCGACACUAUUUCUAGCAAUUCUCUUUUCGCAAGCAUACAAGACGUCGUUAUGAAAAAGGCGCCUGAAAAAAUUACCGAACGCAAAUGUAGCGAGAAACGUUCUAAAUCGAACUCUCCUAAGCGAAAAGCGCCGUUGGUCAAGGCGACAAUCGUACGCGAAUACGAUGUUAAAGCUGACCAUGGAGAAGACAAAAUUAUAUUGCAUUUAGGUAAAGACAGACCCAAGCCGGAGCAUGCCACUAUAAUCACUCAAACAGACCCAGAUCCAGAGUUCACUGAACUGGUCACUUUGCCAGAAACGAAACAGAAAACUCCUCCACGCAAGCGAAACGACAGCGAUAUGUCGAUGUCUAGCGAGAGCAGUCCUGUGCGCAAGGACGCUCCAAAGACCGAAGUGGAGAAACCUAAGGAACGUCACGCGCGGUCAGAAUCUAAAGGCAAACGAUCACGAUCGAAAGAGAGAUACGAGAAAUAUCGUCGUUCGAGGUCUAGAAGCCGCAGUCGGAGACGUCGAAGGUCACACAGUAGGAGCAGAUCGCGUUCCCGUGGGCGCUUCAGGCGUUAUCGUCGAUCAGAUUCGCCGUAUAGACGGAAACGUCGCUCUAGGUCGCCUUAUAGACGACGAUCUCCAUCUACAAGGAGAGACCGCUCAAGAGAGGAUCGCUCCAGAGAGUACCGCUCUAAUAGAUCUAGAUCAAGAGUAGAGGCACGCUCUAACAGUCCGAUUAGGAAGAAGAGUCCGCAACAUAACGGGGAGCGAAAGACGAAGACUAAAUCCAUGACGCCACCGCCGAGGAAACCCACGAUUUCCGAAAGCUCAGAUUCGUCUUCUAGUUCUUCGUCGUCGAGUUCUUCAGACGAGUCGAGGAAGUCGCGACGGUCGAGCAGUUCUUACCGCCGGGAUGACUAUCGGAAGAAGGGGUACCGCAGUCCUUACAGCUCGGAAGACAGAGAGAGCAACACCCCAGUUGAAGAGCGUCGGAUAGUGUUCGUUGGCAAACUCGAGAAGGACAUAACCAAGUUGGCCCUCCGGUCUCAGUUCUGCAAGUUCGGGCCUGUCAUGGAAGUGAGGCUGCAUAGCAAGGAGGAUGGGACCCGCUACGGAUUCGUGACAUACCAACGCGCGCACGACGCAUGGUCAGCAGUAGAAGCAGCCAGCUCGUUCCCGCAGUACGACGUCGGCUUCGGCGGGCGCCGCGCCUUCUGCAGGCAGAGCUACGCUGAUCUCGAUGGCCUAGAAGCGAAGUACACAGAGAGUGCCUUCCACGGCCAGGCGGCGCCGCCACCACGCCGUGAUGACGACAUGUCCUUCGAACAAAUGCUGUUAGAGAUGAAGAAAACUCUCAGCCAACGCAAGGGUGACAAAAAGGAAGACAAACCUUGACGAUUGCUCACAAGAUUGACGAUUGUGUGUCGACACGAGGUUUUGUUACACAUACAUGCUAGAUACUUGGUAAGGAACGGAUCAAAUCUGUAUGCUACUGUUUACGACGAAAAAAUGCACGAUUCAUAUGGGAUCUACACUGUUAUCUGUAAUUAACAUUCGUUAGCAACACGGGACCGAGACUGCGUCUAAAAGAUUGUUUCGUAUAAAAUAUAAAAUAUUGGGCCUAGGUUAUUACCUUGUGUCACACGUGGCUUCUCUAUAGAAUUUUCUAAGAAAAAAAAGAUACAUUACGUCUAUAAAACUUAGACUAUUACGUUUAGGCGGACAGAGUUACGAAUCGUAAGAAAAUAUCGCGUAGUAGCUUCUUAUAUUCGAGUCUUUAGAUAUAAUAAUUAUGUCCUUAAAGUGAUAGUUUCCCAGUCGAACGCCUUCCAUUCUUCAGACAUGUCUGAAAUGCUAAGCUGAAUUUUAUAUUUACUCCUUUCACUCAUGAACAAGAGUGAAAACAAGGAAACAAACCGUAUCAGAAGAGUAACAUAACAAUUGGUCCGAAAAUCAUGUCGUUAUGAAUGAAAAUCUUUGAAUUUCCUAUGUUUGGUCAGCAUGAUUGAUAAUACAGUAUUUUCGCGGGAAAAUAGCUCAUUUUUAUUUCAAGUACAUAUUCUAUGUCGCGUCGGGCGAUUUAGUUUGUUCAUUAGUUAUGUGGUGUAACAAAACUUAUGCUAUACCAGGGAAUUUCUGUUUCUAUCGAGUAAUUUUGUAUGUAACGUUAGUGCAAUCGACAAAGACACUUCGUUUAGAUUAUACUUUGCUCACACCGUACCUAUUCCUUAGUAUACUUUAGUACAUCAACAUUUAGUUAGUGCUGUAAAUACUAGUUUUAAUUUACCAUAGAUUUUGCUUCCUUACAUAACUUUUAUGUAUAAUUUACUACCUCUUUCUUAUGAUAUGUCGGCAGUUAUAAAAUAUACUUAGUUUUGUCAAAUAUUUUUGAAAAUAAAACGUGUAAAUUGCAGAAAUGUAACAAAAAAGAAUAUAACAUUUUUGGAUAACGUGUCGUGAAAUAAAAAGUUUGAAUUAACGAGUUUAAUAAUAAACGUGUAACGUAACAUAUGAAGCGUAGUUGACUUUUGAAAUAAAACGAAACACUUGGAAAUCUAUAAAAAAACGGAGACUAGAGGCUUGCUAUUUUCAUUAUAGGUAGAAAAAAAUAUUUUUCAUACGAAGUUUUGUAUAAAAUACGCAUUUUUCAAUAACAAUCAUACGUUCAUUUCUUGCUUGUAUAGUUAUAUAUAUUUUACACUAGUGUCGGCUAAUUUCAUAAUCAAAAAAUUGGUCAGAAGAAAAUAAUCACUUUAAUUUCACUGCCUUAUUUAUCAUAAGAUAAUAUUCUUCUUUCGCGUUACCAUAAGCCAAUAAAUAUUUUAAUUAUGUUAAAGUUUUUGUUUGCAAUAUUGUAAAUAUAUCUCUUUUUAAGUAAAAAAUAUCUAAAAAAAAUCUUUAAGGUAGAAUCUAAAAAAAAAAGACUAACUUAGCAACGCUGUUGAAAAUGUAUGGAAUCUAUUAACAUUCCAUUUUUGAUGGAGAUUUUGGUUUUGUAUGGGAUAGGAUUCCUGCGCUAUGAUCAGUUUAUCACGAAUAUGAAGUGUUUCAAAAAAGUUUAUACCUAAAUGAUAAUAAAAGAACAGUUUUGCUAAGCGUAAAUAUAAGCGUUUCAUAGACUAUAGGAUUUGGUCGCUUUGAAAAAAGAAAUUCAUAUAAACUUAGAUAAUAAUCAGACUGAGUAUCGAUAGCUCUCUGGUACGAUGGUGAACCAAAUCCGAUGGUCCAACGAAUCAUGGUUAGAAACUAUACUUCCAUUGAGAUUGUAAGUGCCAAAAUUUGUUAUUGCGCGUUCCUACAGUUACAUAUAACAUAUAUACAUUAUUCCAUAAAAAGUUUAUCCAAUGUUUUGUAUUUUUACAAAAUAGUCAUAUUAAUUUCUUAACUUAGACUUUGAAAUGUCUGUGGAUUGAAUGUAUAAAAAAAGCUUCCCUUAAGCAAAAUUACGUAAAACUCAAAAUUAAUCCUUUAUCGAGUCUUAUUGUUUCGUCAUAGAAUAAAGAACAAUAUAGAACGGUAACUCUCCACUCCGCACUAAUUCGUAUCGGGCGCUAAGCUGGAUGUACCUCACCCCCUUUGGGUUAGACUAAAGCUAAAUGGCUAUAAGACGCUAAGGAGUAAGGCGCGGACUGUUUGUCUCGCUUGCACUCACGCGGCGCCGAGAUUUUUGUAUGGAGUGUCCGGUGUGUGGUUUUGUGCCAAUGGCAUAACAUAUCCUAUGGAAGUUGGACUUGCAAUGGCGGUGAAAAGAUACACUAAUGAUGGCUUAUGCGCACAAAAUUUAGACCACAGUGCGCAACUGCUUUAUACCUACUUUUGUAGAUUAGCGUAUAUGAAUUUGAGUUGGAAAAAGUUCCAAAACUUGUCUUGUCUAUAAAACAUAUCAUAUCCUUAGUAGAGUAAUAUUGGGGAUAUUAAUUUUGGUACAAUGUAGCAACAUUGUAUUUUAUUUAUAUGUGAAAGAUUCCAGUAGAUGCCCAAUUUAAUUUUAGGUUAUAUCUGUCAUUUUCUUAUCCGCCGAAAAGGAAAGAGACGAAUGGUUGACAGCUGUCAAUUUUAAAAUUAAUGAGUCUGGGAAAGAAUGAACGAAUCAAAUAGGCAUUUCGCUGGUAUGCAACCCGUUUGACACGUGCUGUCAACUUGAUUCUGUCAGGUUGUUUUUUUUAAUUUAGCCCAUUUGAGGGUCAGGCUAAGAUCGUAAGACCAUGCUGCCUAGUCUUCAGUACAUUCUGUCAGGUUGUAAGCUAGCUAACGUUUCGAAGCGCAAAGGGUUGCUUAUUAUUUCUGCCUAUAAUUGUCGUGCCUUCCCCUAUACCCGUCUCUUUCCUAUUGGAUGGAUAAGAAAAUGACAGGUUUAACUUAAAAUAAAGUUGCUGGAAUCACCAUUAGCAAUAUGUCCCGGCCAAUCCUAAGUAUGUCCGAGUGAUUAGAAUCCACAGACAGGUAUUUGACCCCAUAUUUCACAUUCGGAUUCCGUAAGUUUAUUUUCUUUGUCUAUGAUCAUUAGUUGUGUCAUAGCGACUAUUUUCUUUGUCUAUGAUCAUAAGUUUUUGCGACAUUUGACUGCCAGUUUUGUUACAGGUGUCUCGAACGAUAGUGACAAUAUAGCAUGCCGUUUAAUAUGUCCUUCAAAAUUUAUAUAUCUAUAUUACUGUUCGGCAAAAUAUUAGUUGAAAUUUUCAUUGUUAUGUUUGGGCGUUAAAAAAGGAAUAUUGAAACGGCAUUGGUUAUAUUUGUCUUAUUUACACUUAUGCGUGUGAAUAUAUUAGAAAGAGUCAACUAUCGUUUGUUACGUACAGAGGUACAUUAUUUAGAUAAUUUACUUAUUUGAAAUCCUAGUCAAUGUUACUAGAUAUUCUGUUUUUUCGUUGUGAUGAUAUUUAUUUUAAGUAAAUCUUAAGGAUAUUUAACUGGAUUUUAAGUUUGAAGAUAAAAAUUUAAAGCAAUUACAACUUUUCUGCCAAUUUUGACAACUAUGGCGGCUUGUAUCCAUCUACGAAGUGUAACAUGUGACAUAGCUUAAAUAACAUGUCGUUCAUUUUCGUAAAUGUUACGUAACAUAUUUGAAAUAACAUGUUUUGUAACAUUCAAUUGUGGAAAACUGUGUGAAAAAGAUGUCGUCGACAGUUACAGAAAUAACUUUUAUUUUGUUAUUUAAAGAAAAAUAUAGCCAUAUUAUGAACACUUAUGCCAAUACUCGAUAUGCUAUGAAAGUGUCAUCAUGGCUCUUAGCAUUUAGUUGUUUAGUUGUGAAUUUGUUGUAGAUUGUGUUAUUUGACGCCAUGGACUUCCUACCGUGGUAGAUAAAUAUCUCUUGUCGAAAUUGUGAGACUUGUUGUGUGACGUUCUAUAGACGAUCAAUUUUAAUUGAUAUCAAGACUGUAUAGUCAUAGAGGUGCUUAUUCCUGUAAAAACCAUCUAAUUUUAUUUUAAGUUAUAUCUGUCAUUUUCUUAUCCGUCGAAAAGGAAAGGGACGGGUAAAUGACGGCCAUAAAAUUUAUGUAACACACGUCAAUUUUAGAAAUCUAAAAUAACCUUUAUAAUUUUAUUACAUUGGCCUUAACACGACAGAAUUAAGUUGAUAGCGCACGUCAAACGGGUUGCAUACCAGCGAAAUAAUUGUUUGUUUCGUCCGUGUUAUUAAUUCAUUCACUCAUUUUAAAAUUAAGAGUUGUCAAUCAUCCGUCGUUUCCCUUUUCGGCGGAAAAAUAAAUAUAGGUAUAAAUUAAAACAAAAUUAGAUGGUGUGUACUGGAGUCAGCACCAGUAUAUCAGUUGCUUUCAAUUUAUAUUGAAUAAAAACGGCAGCUUAGACAUUGGUGUCGAUUCAUGCAACCACCAACUUUAUUUUAACUUAAUUUGACAGGUCUAUCUCUUUCUUGCACGUAUUGUAAGUGAAGGACGGCAGCUGUCAAACUAAAAUUAGGUUAUGUUUGUGUCCGCUCGAAUAGGCACCAUUAUUAGGAUUGAUCAAUCUUGUCAAUCAAAAUUGAUCGUCUAAGAGACUUAAGUCUUCAAAUGGAUAUUGUACUUUAGACAUUCUCACUACUAAAUUGUGUUUCAUACUCUUGUCAUUACGACUUUAGUACUAUAAGUUCAACUGUACAUAAUUAUAUGUAAUUGGAAAUAAAAAAUAAAUAUGGUAUUGUGAGCGAACUCUAUGCUGUAUAACUCUAUGGUUAAAAGAAAACAUGAUUUUGUACGUGAACGCAUAUUUGGUUUCGUAAUUCACUUUAGUUACAUGUGUAACUUUUCAAAUAUUAUGUGUAAGUAACAUUAUAAUAGUGUUGUUAUUAUAAUUAAUUAUGAAUAACAGAGUUUGAAUAACAAAAAUCGAAAAAAUCUAUACAGCAUAGAUAACAAAAUUUUAAUUUAGAAUUGGGAUACAAACGAACGAAUUUAUGGUUGCUACGUUAAUUAAAAUUGAAAUGCUUAUCACGCUUCAAUAAAAUUGGAACUUAUAGGUUUAGAGAUAAGGAUAAAACUUGUCCUGAAGUUUCUUAAGUCUUUUUAGGAUGACGCGAAUCAUUAGAAAAAAAAGUCGAAAGCACAAGUAUAUUUAAAAAUAAAAAAGCAGAAAAAAAUUGUAUAAUUUAAAAAAUCCUUGAAAUGAUUUCGCGCCAUUUUGAAGAGACCACUGAUUUGAGGUUAUGUCGCCUCAUGUACAUUUGGAAAGUCCAGUGUUUAGUAUUGAUAGUCCUUAGUACAUACUUACAGAUACAGUGAGAAUGUUUUAUACAUAACGUUGUUGAGAAAUAAAGUAUUUUGAAGAUA